AUGGCGACUACGAUGGUAACGGCGGAGCCAAUCGAACUCUCGAAUCUUCGCAAAGAGUCCCGAGUCCCGCUCACAGACUACACCCCAGGAACAUCCCUGACUGGACAUCGCGAUGAAGUCCCAGAAGACUCAACGUACACGACUACAGCGAUCCCGGAUGGUGGUUAUGGAUGGGUCAUUGUCGCAGCAGGCUUCAUCACCACGUUCUGUCACAAUGGCAUCAUCAAUUGCUGGGGUGUCCUGCAGGCGGCCCUCCUGGAUUCAACCUUGAAGAACGAGAAGGCAUCAACGCUGACCUUCGUUGGAUCUCUCGGUCUCGCCGGUGUGGCCCUGUAUGGCCUACUUGUUGUUCGCUUCAUGCGCUGGUUUGGAGCUCGCAUCACAGUCUUGCUCGGUGUAUUUUUGAUGGGUAUGAGCAUGAUCGGUGCCAGCUUUUGCACCUCGAACAUCGCGGGUCUCUUUGGCACCUUCGGCCUUAUUGGCGGCGUUGGUAUGGCUAUGAACUAUACUGUAUCAAAUGCUCUCCCCGUGCAGUACUUCAGCUCUCGAUUAGGGCUCGCCAAUGGUAUCAUCAAGCUGGGUGGCGGUGUGGGAGGUUGCGUCAUGGCUGUCGCACUUGAGGCGAUGUAUCGAAAAUUUGGCAUUGCGUGGACCUUCCGGUUCCAAGGCCUGGUAACACUGGCACUCGGCAUGCCCGCUGCUUGGAUGCUCCAAGAUCGCGUACCACUCAAGACCGCGCCCUUCUUCGAUUCAAGCAUGUUCCGCUCCAUACCCUUCGUUGCAAUAUUCGUUGCCAGCGCCAUUGGAGUCUUUGCACUAUACAUUCCACCCUUCUACCUGCCGCUUUUCGUCCAAUCCAUUGGCCUGAGCUCCGGUACUGGCGCUGGACUUGUCGCAGCGUUCAACGCCUGCAAUGCCAUUGGACGCUUCUUCGCCGGGCCACUCUGUGAUAAGCUCGGACCGUUGAAUAUGUUCGUCACGGUGAUGGCUGUCAACGCUGUCAGCAUGCUCGCCAUCUGGCCAGUCUCAAAUUCGCUGCCUCCUCUGGUCGUUUUCGCAACGGUGAACGGAGUCGCCAAUGGUGCGUAUUUCACAACUCAGCCAACUGUAGUGGCUGGUAUCUUUGGCCCUGGAAGGGCCACAGUAGCAAUGAGCAUGUCUGUCACGGGCUGGACAGCAGGUUAUCUGAUGGGUGCGCCUAUCGCAGGUUACUUGCUUCAAGCUGCGGGUGGCAGACAAGGUGCAGGUAUCGGUCACAGUGUUGAGGUGUAUCGGCCUGCUAUCUUCUAUGCUGGAGGCAUGGCUACACUGUCAGCUCUUUUUGUCAUUCUGGCCAGACGGACGGUCGCGAAGAAGUUCCUCAAGCGGGUAUAG